CUUCGAAAUUUAUCAAUCUGUAGCUUGGGUUCUAGCAUAAUAGAUUAGAAUUAGAAUAUAUAAUGGUGAGAACUAAAACGACAGAAGAAGAAGCUCGUCGUGGAAAGCGUUUCCUAUACAUAGUUUUGGGAGUAGUGUUCACGAUUUCGUGUAUAGCAAUUGGUGUGAGCAUUCCGGUCUUACGAAAACAUUCCCACCACCGGGGGCGCCCGUCUUACACCGUCGCGGAUGCGGUCCUGCGAAACUUCGACGUGGGCGACGACAACCGCGUCGCGGCGGCGACGACCGUGAGCUUCAACCUCACAGUCCACAACCGUUACAAAGACAAGAGCAUUAGCUUCACCAACGUAAGCGCCAGUUUCUCUUUUGUUUACCCAGAAGUAGGAGUAACCUACCUCCCGGGCAAAGCCAUCGCGAACGCCUCAUUAGCCGGCGGCGGCGACGCUCCGAUCACCGUGCCUAGCUCGAGCGUCACACCCAUCCCUUUCCAGCUCCGGGCAAUAGACGGCGUGAAGCUUGAAGGAGGCAUCGAAGACGCCGGCCACGUCAAGAAUGAGAUAGAGACGUCACAUGCCGUCAUGGCGUCCAUUACGGUGGAUGCUCAAGUUCAGGUGCAAAACUCCGCCACUAGCGGCGCGCUUCAUCUCAGUUGCGACCUCACUGUCUCGGUCAACGAUUACGUUGACUACUCUUCCACCGAGUCUUGUAGUUCCAUAGAUUAGUAAAUUACACGCAAAUAUAAUUCACUGUUCAAACUUUAACUCCAAACUCAGAGCCCGUUUGGAGACCCCUUUUUCGGCUUAUCAGGCUUAUCAGUCAGCUUUUUCACCAAACGCGUAAUUUUUACUUCAAUAUGAGAGCAUUUAAUCCAUUGUACUUCACCUCACAUAUUUGAAGCACCAUUAUAUCCUUGA